UUUCGGGCUGAGAAACCAGGCUGGGCUUCCAUCGCUUCUCCAGCAAAACCAGAACCAUGAGCGGCCGAGUUGGAGAUCUGAGUCCCAAGCAGGCAGAGACCCUAGCCAAGUUCCGAGAAAAUGUCCAGGACGUGUUGCCUGCCCUGCCCAACCCUGAUGAUUACUUCCUUCUACGCUGGCUCCGAGCUCGGAAUUUUGACCUGCAGAAGUCAGAAGCCAUGCUCCGCAAGUACAUGGAAUUCCGGAAGACCAUGGACAUCGAUCACAUCCUUGAUUGGCAGCCCCCAGAGGUGAUCCAGAAGUACAUGCCUGGGGGCCUGUGUGGCUAUGACCGUGACGGCUGCCCUGUGUGGUACGACAUCAUUGGGCCACUGGACCCCAAAGGUCUGCUCUUCUCCGUCACCAAGCAGGACCUGCUCAAGACCAAGAUGAGAGACUGCGAGCGCAUCCUGCAUGAGUGCGACCUGCAGACAGAGCGGCUGGGGAGGAAGAUCGAAACCAUCGUGAUGAUAUUUGACUGCGAGGGCUUGGGACUGAAGCAUUUCUGGAAACCUCUAGUGGAAGUGUACCAGGAGUUCUUUGGCCUCCUUGAAGAGAUACCAGAGACCCUGAAGUUCAUGCUCAUUGUGAAAGCCACCAAACUGUUUCCUGUGGGCUACAACCUCAUGAAGCCCUUCCUGAGUGAGGACACACGCAGGAAAAUUGUAGUGUUGGGAAAUAGCUGGAAAGAAGGCUUGCUGAAGCUCAUCAGUCCUGAGGAGCUGCCUGCCCAUUUUGGUGGAACUCUGACUGACCCAGAUGGGAACCCCAAAUGUUUAACCAAGAUCAACUAUGGCGGGGAGAUCCCCAAGUCCAUGUACGUGCGGGACCAGGUGAAGACGCAGUAUGAGCACUCGGUGCAGAUCAGCCGGGGCUCCUCGCACCAGGUGGAAUAUGAGAUCCUGUUUCCGGGCUGCGUCCUCAGGUGGCAGUUCUCCUCCGAUGGGGCAGACAUCGGCUUUGGGGUUUUCCUGAAGACCAAGAUGGGGGAGCGGCAGAAGGCUGCGGAGAUGACGGAGGUGUUGGCCAGCCAGCGCUACAAUGCCCACAUGGUGCCUGAGGACGGGUCCCUCACCUGCUCUGAGGCUGGUGUCUAUGUCCUGCGCUUUGACAACACCUAUAGCUUCGUCCAUGCCAAGAAGGUCAGCUUCACGGUCGAGGUGUUGCUUCCCGAUGAGGGCAUGCAGAAGUACGACGAGGAGCUCACCCCAAUCUAGGUGGCACCCCUACAGAGACAGCCCCCCCGCCGCCCCCGGCUCUGUUCUCCA